UUACCUUUGUUUUCUCGACUGAAGAGUCGAACAGCCCUUCAGUUCUCUUUUCUGAUUCAUGUAACUCGAAAUAUUUUGUUUUUACCCAAAAGUUUUUCCUCAAGUUCGGAUCUAUCGAGCUUUCGAACGGGUGCGUGAUGUUGGAAGACGAGGGAUUGGCGUACUGGAUGAGGUGGCAGGUCGCCGUCUGCGCGAUCAUCGCUGCCCUACCUUCAGUGAUUGCAGUGACUGUUAUUUUGAAGAUAGAGAAGCAGCCGCUUUGGGCGGCUUGUCUGUGGGCUCCCUGCUGGAGAAAGGUGAGCCCAUUCUGGUUGCUGGCUUACCGAGCCGUUGCUUUUCUGUUCAUGGCCUGGCUUCUGGGUCAGAUGGUCCUCUUCAGGGGUGCCUUCAACUUCUUCUUCUAUACUCAGUGGACAUUUGCGCUAGUCAUCAUUUAUUUUGCGAUUGGUACUGUGGCAUCUGCUCAUGGUUGCUGGAUCUGUUCAAAACAUGCUUUUUUUAAAAAUGAGGAGGCCAGUUGCCUCCUUAGAGGAGACCUUGAACAAUGCCAUGAUUCAGAUUUAGCUCUCGCACCUGAAGAGGAGAGGAAUGGUUAUAUUCUCUCAAACUAUGGCGGUGACCUGAUGCAUGAAGAAAGAGCAGGGCUAUGGGGCCAUUUUAUGCAAAUUACCUAUCAGACGAGUGCAGGAGCCGUGAUGUUAACGGAUGUCAUCUUUUGGUGUCUGCUCGUACCAUUUAUGUCUAGUGUGCACUUCAGGGUGACUUUGAUGAUGGCCUGCUUGCACUCGCUAAAUGCCAUCUUCCUUAUUGUUGACUCUAUACUCAAUAGUCUGCCAUUUCCUUUGUUCGGAAUGGCUUUCUUUGUUCUCUGGAGCUGUAUCUAUGUAGCUUUUCAAUGGAUUCUGCAUGCCUGCGGCUUCAAAUGGUGGCCUUACCCUUUCAUGGAUCUUUCUACUUCCUGGGCACCACUGUGGUAUUUCACCAUGGUAUUGAUGCAUAUCCCCUGCUUCGGUAUAUAUUACCUUCUUGCUAGAGCGAAGAACUCGUGUUUCUCUCGACUUUUUCCCAUUGCAUACAGAAGACUAUUUUAAAUGCCUUUCUUGUGAAGUGAAUGUUUGCCUUCAUUAUGAAAAAUUAUUGCAUCAGGACACCUGAUGCAAAUUUGCAUUAGUUGUCCAAUUAAAAUUGGUCAUGUGUUAGGAUGGG